AUCCAAACCUCAAUCACGUAUGAUUGCGUAAGGGAGAGAAGGAGCUGCAAGCCUUUCAUCGGCUUCCCUUUCAGGGAGGUGUAACGGCGCAUCCGGUCGCCCCGCAAAUGCUUAACUGUAAUUUUGUAGCGCUUCUUCACAUCCGUGGGCGUAAUUUACCUGUUUUACCAGCAAAUGCGUUAUCAUCGGUUGCGUGCCGAGGCGCUUGGAAAACAGCAUGCCGCUGCACUCGCAUGAAAUGUGAGAUCGUUUCCCCGGCGGGGUUUCGGUGGCACAGACUGGCGGCUCGCACGAUGCCCGUUAUCCCGGGGGGCACGGUGCCUGCCCGCCGCUUCUUUCCGACGCGCUUCGCCACUGUGUCGCACCGCCGGCGAAAUGCAGUAGAAAGUUUCGCGCUGUGAAGCGACGAAUAGCUGCGAAAUAUUAAUUGAAAAGUUCGAGGCUCCCCGGGUGCCUAUAGCGGGAGACACGUUUGCGUCUGCAUUGGCUGCCAUCGGGCUGUGAAAACGCACCGUCGCGUUCUCAUCGUCCCAGGAUGGCACAGUAGGCUGCCCAUGGCACAGUAGGCUGGCAUAGUUUUUUUUGCGCCGCUCUCGCUAUUGCAUUGACUUUAAGUUUUGAUUCGGCUAGUACAUGAUUCGUGAGGCGUGCGGACGGUUCCGUCAGUGUGUCGAAACCCAGACCUACGUGGAUCUCGCUUUUUAAAGCCCGUCGUGAUUCAUGGGGUUCCGUGGAUUUCCGACAAGAUCAGGAUGACACUUAGUUAGACCGGCGCAGCGCUACAUGUUACGCGCCAUAUACUCGUGUUUGCAAUUUAUUGCGCCAAGCAGCUGCGCCACUGAAGCUCUACCUUCCGACUGGGCUCAUUGGGCUGGGAGAUGGCCGCGAUCGCUAGCUCCCUAAUCCGUCAGAAACGCCAGGCGAGGGAGUCCAACAGCGACCGGGUUUCAACCUCCAAACGCCGCCCCAGUCCCAGCAAAGACCCCCGAUCUCUAUGCGAGAGACAUUUCUUAGGGGUUUUCAGCAAGGUCCGUUUCUGCAGCGGCAAGAAAAGACCGGUUCGGCGGCGACCAGAUGCACCUUCCAACCCCCAGCAGGUGUCCCGUAGGGCCAUCAGGCUAGAACCACAGCUGAAAGGCAUUGUGACACGACUGUUCAGCCAGCAGGGCUUUUACCUGCAGAUGCAGCCAGAUGGCACCAUCAGUGGGACCAAGGACGAGAACAGUGACUACACCCUAUUCAACCUCAUUCCAGUGGGACUACGCGUCGUGGCCAUCCAGGGAGUGAAGGCCAACUUCUACAUAGGCAUGAACGGCGAAGGCUUACUCUACGGCUCAGAGAUGUUCACACCAGAGUGUAAGUUCAAGGAGUCAGUCUUUGAGAACUACUACGUCAUCUACUCCUCCAUCAUGUACCGGCAGCAGGAGUCCGGCCGGGCGUGGUUCCUAGGGCUCACCAAGGAUGGCCAGGCUAUGAAGGGGAAUCGCGUGAAGAAGACUAAACCAUCCUCACAUUUCCUACCCAGGCCCAUCGAAGUCUGCAUGUACAGGGAGCCGUCGCUGCACGAGAUCGAGGAGAAGCAGCGCUCCAGGAAAAGUUCAGGGACCCCCACCAUGAACGGCGGCAAGGCCGUGAAGCAGGACUCCACAUAGCAGGAGCGCGUCGCCGUCUCCCUCCCGUUGUCAGCGGCAGCCGACUCCACGCGACAGACAAACUGAGCUCCUGCCUGUGAAGUAUUUUAGACUUAAAGGGAAAAAAAAUAUAUUUUAAAUCAGGACAUGAAUUUACACUUUAUGCAAAGCCUGUGACACAGGGAAGCUAACGUCUUCAUUCCGGUAUUUACUUUCUAAUCGAUGCUUGGGAAUGUACGCUUUAAGCCAUGCUGCAGUUUCACGCGUUAUUUUCUGGAUGCUCGGUUCACUCGCUUUCUCUGUUGCUCUGGUUAUGAAUACUGAUGCCGUUGUCAGGUUUGCUGCCAGUGUGGGAGCCGGUGGAUCGCCGUCGGCGACUCGCUGUGUCGCCCUGGGGUAUUAAGAAAGUCGUCCAAUAGGAAGUGAUAUUUACUGCGGAGCACAUGUGACAUCGUCCCCGAGUGUAAGGUGGGGGGCAGCAGAGUGGGUUUGGCUGCUAAUUGCACCCUGGGUCAGCAGGUGGAACCCCUGAGCACAGCUUCUCUCCAGGGUGGGGUUUAACGGCACAGGUGUGUAAAAAGGCAUCACCAUUCUUUAUCCGCUUGAACGGCGAGCCACUUCACCUCAUUGAUUGCAACCUCUUUCCGUUCGACUUCACCGACGUUUCCGCCGCACGCUUGCCCUCCGUUUACCGGCGGCACCGCUGACCCGUCAGGCCUCGCGGCGACGGACGCGGCUCUCACAGCGUUUCGCGAUGCAGGAUGAUUGACAGAUCAGAGGAUCCUGUCCGUAGAGUAGACCUUCAGAGUCCGCCCGAGAACCCCUGGACCUGUGAAAACUCAGGAAGACAUGGUGAACCCCGAGGCUCGAGAACCACAACCUUGAUAUAGCUACAAAGCCAACUGCACAAUCGCUGGGCAAUAAUAUAGAGCAGGGACCUCGAAACAGAUUCCCUCCAGUUUGUUCUUGAAGAGACCCAGCCCAUUUGAAGUUUUGUGUUCCGUUCGCAAAACACCGUAGUGUCUGUCUCAAGUCUUCCACUGGGGGGCGACAGUGAGGGCUGGGGGGAAAAGGAAGUGUAUUGUGGAGGGUUAGGGGAAGACAGGCUGAGGGAGACCCCACGAAGGUAAGAUGGGAUUUUCGCCUGGGUGAACUCAGAUUUCUGUUUGUGUUUGCUGAAUGUUUGCACUUAAAACACUGUCAUAUAGGCAUUAUGAAACAAAAAAUGAACGUUGAAAAUACGCAUCAGAAUGAAAAGUGAUCAUUUAAAAUAAAAAAAAAUGAAACCACAAA